UGUGACCGAGUCAACGACUGCGGGGAUGGCAGCGACGAGCUGGGCUGUUCCUACGACACCUGCACCAGCUACCAGUUCACCUGCCAAAACGGCGCCUGCAUCCCAGCCUCCUUUGCCUGUGACGGCGAGGCCGACUGUCUGGACGGUUCUGACGAGGCAGAGGGCUUGUGCAGCACCCCCCAGCCUACCUGUGCCCCGGGAGAGUACCUGUGCAAGUCGGGCGAGUGUAUUGACAUCCACAAGGUCUGCAACUCGGAGAAGGACUGCUCGGAUAACAGUGAUGAGAAGGGAUGUGGUAAGAUCUCUCUUACAGCAAAGGAUGUAACACAAUGGGGAAGGGGUGGAUUUAUUUUCUUUGAGUGAAUGGAGGUUGUGUCAGUUGUACAAUAGGUAUGCGAAUGUAACCUAACUAAAUCUAUGAUAUUUCCAGACGUACACUGUAUUUGGAGUAGGAAAUUAGUAUUUGGAGUAGAAAAUAUGUAUAAGGAGUAGGAAAUUAGUAUUUGCAGUAAAAACAUUAGAAUUUAGAGUAGGAAAAAGGAACUUUGAUUUGGAUUCCUAGACUAAUCUUACAGCACAUCUUAAUCUUACAGAACUCAUCCUGCCUCCCUCUAUCUCCUUCCCUCUCUCCUCUGUGUAGGAAUUAACGAAUGCCAAGAUCCGUCGGUCCACAAGUGUGCCCAGCUCUGCACAGACACCCUGACAGGUUACUACUGCUCGUGUAAUACCGGCUACCACCUCAUGCCCGAUGGUAAGGCGUGCGCAGACCUGGACGAGUGCCGCGACACGCCCGCCGCCUGUAGCCAGAUCUGCGAGAACUCCGCCGGCUCCUUCCACUGCAAAUGCGCCCCGGGCUACGUGCGCGAGCCAGAUGGGCGCACGUGCCGCCAGAACAGUGGCAUCGCCCCUUAUCUGCUGUACAGUAAUCGUUAUUACAUUCGUAAUUUGACGACUGAUGGUUCGCAGCUGAGCGUGAUUCUGCAAGGGCUGUCGAAUGUGGUGCCACUGGAUUUCGACCAUUACGAAAAGAGGCUGUACUGGUUGGAUGCGGGAAUGGGGCGGAUCGAGAGGAUGCGAUUUGACGGCAGUGAAAGGGAGACGAUAGUGGAUAACAACGUGGUAGGGGCCGAGGGGCUGGCGGUGGAUUGGGUUGGCAGGUAAGUGAAGGGGGGGUGGGGCAUCAGAGCUUGAUUGUAAUUUUUCAAUCAUUGGCCUCAUGGCGAUGCAGUUUCCUUAAUCUCCGGCAGCUCAGUUAGGAAGGACAGGUGAGCAAAACUGUGAGUGUGAAUAAUUUCACGAUGCACUGUAUGUGUUGUGUUUAAAAGUUUAAUAAAUCUGUCUCAUAAUUCAGAUUUUGAUUAGAGCCUACAGUUGGCUGAUAAUGACACAUUUGUAUCUCCUUACAAUUAUAUGUAGGUCUGUAUAUAUAAUAUGUGUAUCUAUGCAUAUGCCCAUAGUCAUUCUUAUAUGUUUAUGUGUGUGUAUCCCAAAGGAAGCUCUACUGGGUAGACAGUUACUACGGCUCUCUUCACGUGUCAGAGCUGGAUGGUCGUUUCCAGAAGAAGUUGCUGAGUGGCUGCAUGGGGCCUAACUCCACCUACUGCUUUGUCCGGCCCCGUGCCGUGGCCGUCAACCCCAAAUAUGGGUACUAACCAGUGGAGGCUUCUGAGGAGAGGACGGCUCAUAAUAAUGGCUGGAACGGAGCGAAUGGAAUGGCAUCAAACACAUGGAAACCAUGUAUUUGAUACCAUUCCACUGAUUCCGCUCCAGCUAUUACCACAAGCCCGUUCUCCCCAAUUAAGGUGCCACCAACAACCUGUGGUACUAACAUACACACACACACGAGGUCCCACACAUCCCCACCUGCAUGAUAGAGGAAGAGAGGGGUCAUUCUUAAUUAAUGGCAGAUAUUGAGGCGUUUUUCAAUAAUCCUUUUAUUUGUAUAUAUUAUUAUAAAUUACAUCUAACAUCUAAUUAUUUUACUUUACUCUCCAUUUUAUUCUCUCUGCCUGCAGCUGGCUGUAUUGGACAGACUGGGGGGACACCGCCUACAUUGGCAGGGUUGGUAUGGAUGGCACCAACGCCACUGCCCUCAUCACCACCAAGCUGGAGUGGCCCAGUGCCCUGACCAUUGACUACACCACCAACAAGAUCUUCUUCGCCGACUCCCACCUCAAUUUCCUGGAGUGAGACAUCAACACAACACUGUCUUCAGAGAUUCAAUUAAUAAUUCACUCUAAUGCUUUUCUAUGUAGUACUAUUGUGCUUUAUCAUGAAAGUGUGAAAGUGCAGGAAAAUAAGGCCUUAUGACCCCAUCACAUCUAUGCCUUGAGUAUCAGGGUUGAAGGAGAACAUGUUCAGUUGAAGAAAAACACACUGAUGAUACGUAGGUAAGAAAACCCCUAGUAGAGCAAGUCAAGGCAAUGGAGGAAAACACUCUUUAGUUAGGAAGAAAGCAAGGAGCCCGGCCCCAUCCUUCUCAAACAUGCCUGUUUGGAGACCAGAUAUUGUGAUCAAUGAGGUCAGACAGGAUCAACCCACAGAACUUUACAUUGAUAUACACUUUGUUUGUUUAUUUGGAUCCCCAUUAGCUGUUACAGUCGUAACAGUUACUCUUCUUGGUGUGCACAAAAAACACAUUUAAAAAAACAAUAGACAAGAACAAAACAAAGACAACAGAACAUUACAGUGAUUUAUACACUAAUGUAUAUGCCCUCUCUCUAACUCUCUAAAGUUUUGCUGAUAUGGACGGGGAGAACCGCCACCGGGCCAUAGCAGGCUCCCUGCCUCACCCCUUUGCCAUCACCCUGUUUGAAGACUGGGUCUACUGGACUGACUGGAACACCCACACCGUUGAGAAGGCCCACAAGUACACUGGCGCCAGCCGUGUCGUCAUGGGCAACAACACACACCGGCCAAAUGACAUCCAUGUAUACCAUCCCUACAGGCAGCCUCACAGUAUGUAUAGUACUGUGCCCUUUGACCUUUUGGAAUUCCCAUACAUUGCUUGCUUAAUUUUCAUUUGUCUACACUUUACUGUUAUACUUGUCUUUCCUGCAUUUGCACUCUUAUUUGUCUUUUCUUACUGGCACUGAUUUUGCAGAUAGCAGCUUAUUUAAACAAAUAUUUGUACUUGCAAUGACUUUAUGUGGUUGUUUUCCUCUACCUUACUUGAAUGCACUUACUGGAUAACAGCUUUGCUAAAUGUAUUACAUGUCAAUUGAGACAAUAUUAUUAGCAUCAUAGAUGCGUCCAUUCUUAUGGCUGCUGAUUGGUGUUUCCUAGGUGAUAACCCUUGUGCCACACACCACCUAACCUGUAGCCACCUGUGUCUGAUUGGUCCUGGUGGGACCAGCGCUACGUGUGAGUGUCCAGACCACUUCAUUGGCCUUUCCGUGGGCUUCAAGAUCCAGUGUGUGGCCGACUGUUCCAGCACCCAGUUCCGCUGCGGAGACAACGAGAAGUCAGUCUGAAUUUCUGUCACUUAUCAGGAAUAUUUGUUUGUUUUCCAUGUAAUAUAAUUUGAAUCAGCGGUUUAUUUUUGUUUGUUUUGUUUUUUUAUUGUUUUUUUUAUUUUUUAUUUAGCAGACACUCUUAUCCAGAGCGACUUACAGUUAGUGAGUGCAUACAUUUUCAUACUGGCCCCCCGUGGGAAACGAACCCACAACCCUGGCGUUGCAAGCGCCAUGCUCUACCAACCAGCUACAGAUACUGACACAACCGUACAAUUUACGGCUUUUCACACUACUGAGCUGAGCUAAACUAAGCUGUACUAAGCUUGCCUGAAAAGGACAAUGUGAAAUAUUUGAGCAAGCACAGUUUGGUUCGGUAAGUGUGAAAAGGGUAUUUGGAGCCAUGUGACUAUUUGCUUGAUAACUUGUGUGGUUGCACAGUUGUCUAAAUUCAAUAAGUUUAAUUAGUUAACUCUUUACUCUCCCACCUCCCUCUCUCCUUCUAAUCCCCUAGGUGUGUCUCUAUCUGGUGGAAGUGUGAUGGUCAGUCCGACUGUGGUGACGGGUCCGAUGAGCCCCUCACCUGCCCGCCCCGCUACUGUCCAAUUGGUCAGUUCCAGUGCCAGGAUGGGAACUGCACUUAUCCUGGCUUCCUGUGUGACGGACACGCUGACUGCCAUGACAGUUCAGAUGAGGACGCUGCCCUCUGCAGUACGAAAACCCUAUUUUACCUCAUUUUUACCGUAGUACUUCCAUCCAUCAGACAAUGCAGCACUUAUUUUCUACUAGCGUCAGAAACCCACAGUGUGAUGUGAUUGUUCAACUGCUCUAGAGUCCAAUUCAUACACUCAAAAUGCAUGCUCUCGUUGCUCUAUCUUCCUGUUGUAGUGUCUUUAAUUGCGAUUACGAACAAACAUGGGGGGAAAAGGACAACCCUGUCUGAUCCCUCAAGAUAAACUAAAACUUUCAGAGACGUGGCCUUAGAAUCAAAACACCCAAUCCUCCCAUCCCCUAGGUGACCACAGGUGUGCAGAGAAUCAGUUCCAGUGUAAGAACAAGCAGUGCAUCCCUGUGUCAUGGCACUGUGACGGCAUCAGCGACUGUUCUGAUGGGAGUGACGAGGACACGGAUGGCUGUGCCCAGAAGACGUGCCGACCGGGCCAGUUCACGUGCGCAAACGGAGUGUGUAUCCCGCCCAACUAUGUGUGUGACGCUCAGGACGACUGCGGAGAUGGAUCGGAUGAGCCCUACGAGAUCUGCAGUGAGUUUGCUGUAUUUGUAUACGUCUGGAUUUUAGUUUGGUGCUAGUGUUUUAUAUGUUGGCUGCAAUGUAUGUUAUAUUCUGGUUAUUUGACUACAAGAGCACAUACAGUGGGGGAAAAAAGUAUUUAGUCAGCCACCAAUUGUGCAAGAUCUCCCACUUAAAAAGAUGAGAGAGGCCUGUAAUUUUCAUCAUAGGUACACGUCAACUAUGACAGACAAAGUGAGAAAAAGAAAUCCAGAAAAUCACAUUGUAGGAUUUUUAAUGAAUUUAUUUGCAAAUUAUGGUGGAAAAUAAGUAUUUGGUCACCUACAAACAAGCAAGAUUUCUGGCUCUCACAGACCUGUAACAACUUCUUUAAGAGGCUCCUCUGUCCUCCACUCGUUACCUGUAUUAAUGGCACCUGUUUGAACUUGUUAUCAGUAUAAAAGACACCUGUCCACAACCUCAAACAGUCACACUCCAAACUCCACUAUGGCCAAGACCAAAGAGCUGUCAAAGGACACCAGAAACAAAAUUGUAGACCUGCACCAGGCUGGGAAGACUGAAUCUGCAAUAGGUCAAAUCAAAAAUCAAAUCAAAUCAAAUUUUAUUGGUCACAUGCGCCGAAUACAACAGGUGCAGACAUUACAGUGAAAUGCUUACUUACAGCCCUUAACCAACAGUGCAUUUAUUUUAAACAAAAAAGUAAGAAUAAAACAUCAACAAAAAAGUGUUGAGAAAAAAAGAGCAGAAGUAAAAUAAAGUGACAGUAGGGAGGCUAUAUAUACAGUAAAAUAAAGUGACAGUAGGGAGGCUAUAUAUACAGGGGGGUACCGUUGCAUAGUCAAUGUGCGGGGGCACCGGCUAGUUGAGGUAGUUGAGGUAAUAUGUACAUGUGGGUAGAGUUAAAGUGACUAUGCAUAAAUACUUAACAGAGUAGCAGCAGCGUAAAAAGGAUGGGGUGGGGGGGCAGUGCAAAUAGUCCGGGUAGCCAUGAUUAGCUGUUCAGGAGUCUUAUGGCUUGGGGGUAGAAGCUGUUGAGAAGUCUUUUGGACCUAGACUUGGCACUCCGGUACCGCUUGCCGUGCGGUAGCAGAGAGAACAGUCUAUGACUAGGGUGGCUGGAGUCUUUGACAAUUUUGAGGGCCUUCCUCUGACACCGCCUGGUAUAGAGGUCCUGGAUGGCAGGGAGCUUUGCCCCAGUGAUGUACUGGGCCGUACGCACUACCCUCUGUAGUGCCUUGCGGUCAGAGGCCAAGCAGUUGCCAUACCAGGCGGUGAUGCAACCAGUCAGGAUGCUCUCGAUGGUGCAGCUGUAGAAUUUUUUGAGGAUCUGAGGACCCAUGCCAAAUCUUUUUAGUCUCCUGAGGGGGAAUAGGCUUUGUCGUGCCCUCUUCACGACUGUCUUGGUGUGUUUGGACCAUGAUAGUUCGUUGGUGAUGUGGACACCAAGGAACUUGAAGCUCUCAACCUGUUCCACUACAGCCCCGUCGAUGAGAAUGGGGGCGUGCUCAGUCCUCUUUUUUUUCCUGUAGUCCACAAUCAUCUCCUUUGUCUUGGUCACGUUGAGGGAGAGGUUGUUGUCCUGGCACCACACGGCCAGAUCUCUGACCUCCUCCCUAUAGGCUGUCUCAUCGUUGUCGGUGAUCAGGCCUACCACUGUUGUGUCGUCGGCAAACUUAAUGAUGGUGUUGGAGUCGUGCCUGGCCAUGCAGUCAUGGGUGAACAGAGAGUACAGGAGGGGACUGAGCACGCACCCCUGAGGGGCCCCCGUGUUGAGGAUCAGUGUGGCAGAUGUGUUGUUACCUACCCUUACCACCUGGGGGCGGCCCGUCAGGAAGUCCAGGAUCCAGUUGCAGAGGGAGGUGUUUAGUCCCAGGAUCCUUAGCUUAGUGAUGAGCUUAGAGGGCACUAUGGUGUUGAAUGCUGAGCUGUAGUCAAUGAAUAGCAUUCUCACGUAGGUGUUCCUCUUGUCCAGGUGGGAAAGGGCAGUGUGGAGUGCGAUAGAGAUUGCAUCAUCUGUGGAUCUGUUGGGGCGGUAUGCAAAUUGGAGUGGGUCUAGGGUUUCUGGGAUUAUGCUGUUGAUGUGAGCCAUGAUCAGUCUUUCAAAGCACUUCAUGGCUACAGACGUCAGUGCUACGGGUCGGUAGUCAUUUAGGCAGGUUAUCUUAGAGUUCUUGGGCACGGGGACUAUGGUGGUCUGCUUGAAACAUGUUGGUAUUACAGACUCAGUCAGGGACAUGUUGAAAAUGUCAGUGAAGACACUUGCCAGUUGGUCAGCACAUGCUCGGAGUACACGUCCUGGUAAUCCGUCUGGCCCUGCGGCCUUGUGAAUGUUGACCUGCUUAAAAGUCUUACUCACAUCGGCUACGGAGAGCGUGAUCACAUAGUCGUCCGGAACAGCUGGUGCUCUCAUGCAUGCUUCAGUGUUGCUUGCCUCGAAGCGAGCAUAGAAGUGGUUUAGCUCGUCUGGUAGGCUUGUGUCACUGGGCAGCUCGCGGCUGUGCUUCCCUUUGUAGUCUGUAAUAGUUUUCAAGCCCUGCCACAUCCGACGAGCGUCAGAGCCAGUGUAGUAUGAUUCAAUCUUAGACCUGUAUUGACUCUUUGCCUGUUUGAUGGUUCGUCGGAGGUCAUAGCGGGAUUUCUUAUAAGCGUCCGGGUUAGAGUCCCGUUCCUUGAAAGCGGCAGCUCUACCCUUUAGCUCAGUGCGGAUGUUUCCUGUAAUCCAUGGCUUCUGGUUGGGGUAUGUACGUACGGUCACUGUGGGGACGACAUCAUCGAUGCACUUAUUGAUGAAGCCAGUGACUGAUGUGGUGUACUCCUCAAUGCUGUCUGAAGAAUCCCGGAACAUGUUCCAGUCUGUGCUAGCAAAACAGUCCUGUAGCUUAGCAUCUGCGUCAUCUGACCACUUUUUUAUUAGCCGAAUCACUGGUGCUUCCUGCUUCAGUUUUUGCUUAUAAGCAGGAAUCAGGAGGAUAGAGUUAUGGUCAGAUUUGCCAAAUGGAGGGCGAGGGAGAGCUUUGUAUGCGUCUCUGUGUGUGGAGUAAAGGUGGUCUAGAGUUUUUUCCCCUCUGGUUGCACAUUUAACAUGCUGGUAGAAAUGAGGUAGAACGGAUUUAAGUUUCCCUGCAUUAAAGUCCCCGGCUACUAGGAGCGCUGCAUCUGGAUGAGCGUUUUCCUGUUGAUUAAUGGCCUUGUACAACUCAUUCAGUGCAAUCUUAAUGCCAGCAUUGGUUUGUGGUGGUAAAUAGACAGCUAUGAAAAAUAUAGAUGAAAACUCUCUUGGUAAAUAGUGUGGUCUACAGCUUAUCAUAAGAUACUCUACCUCAGGCGAGCAAAACCUCGAGACUUCCUUAGUAUUUGAUUUUGUGCACCAGCUGUUGUUUACAAAUAUACACAGACCGCCGCCCCUUGUCUUACCGGAGGCAGCCGUUCUAUCCUGCCGAUGUAGCGUAUAGCCUGCUAGCUGAAUGUUGUCAUUGUUGUCGUUCAGCCACGACUCCGUGAAACAUAAGAUAUUGCAGUUUUUAAUGUCCCGUUGGUAGGAUAACCGUAAUCUUAAAUCGUCCAUUUUAUUCUCAAAAGCUUGAACGUUGGCUAAUAGGAUUGAUGGGAGAGGCAGUUUACUCGUUCGCCGUCGGAUCCUUACAAGGCACCCGGAUCUGCGUCCACGAUAUCUCCGUCUCUUCCUCACGCGAAUGACGGGGAUCUGGGCCUUGUUUGGUGUCUGUAGAAUAUCCUUCGCGAACGCCUCGUUGAAGAAAAAGUCUUCGUCCAACGCGAGGUGAGUAAUCGCUGUCCUGAUAUCCAGAAGCUCUCUUUGGUUAUAAGAGACGAUGGCAGAAACGUUAUGUACAAAAUAAAUUACAAAUAACGCGGAAAAACACACAUAAUAGUACAAUUGGUUAGAGGGCUGUAAAACGGCAGCCAUCUUCUUCCGGCGCUGUUCAAUGUAUCAAUGUAAGCAGCUUGGUUUGAAGAAAUCAACUCUGGGAGCAAUUAUUAGGAAAUGGAAGACAUACAAGACCACUGAUAAUCUCCUUCGAUCUGGGGCUCCACGCAAGAUCUCACCCCGUGGGGUCAAAAUGAUCACAAGAACGGUGAGCAAAAAUCCCAGAACCACACGGGGGGACCUAGUGAAUGACCUGCAGAGAGCUGGGACCAAAGUAACAAAGCCUACCAUCAGUAACACACUACGCCGCCAGGGACUCAAAUCCUGCAGUGCGAGACGUGUCCCCCUGCUUAAGCCAGUACAUGUCCAGGCCCGUCUGAAGUUUGCUAGAGUGCAUUUGGAUGAUCCAGAAGAGGAUUGGGAGAAUGUCAUAUGGUCAGAUAAAACCAAAAUAGAACUUUUUGGUAAAAACUCAACUCGUCGUGUUUGGAGGACAAAGAAUGCUGAGUUGCAUCCAAAGAACACCAUACCUACUGUGAAGCAUGGGGGUGGAAACAUCAUGCUUUGGGGCUGUUUUUCUGCAAAGGGACCAGGACGACUGAUCCGUGUAAAGGAAAGAAUGAAUGGGGCCAUGUAUCGUGAGAUUUUGAGUGAAAACCUCCUUCCAUCAGCAAGGGCAUUGAAGAUGAAACGUGGCUGGGUCUUUCAGCAUGACAAUGAUCCCAAACACACCGCCCGGGCAACGAAGGAGUGGCUUCGUAAGAAGCAUUUCAAGGUCCUGGAGUGGCCUAGCCAGUCUCCAGAUCUCAACCCCAUAGAAAAUCUUUGGAGGGAGUUGAAAGUCCGUGUUGCCCAGCGACAGCCCCAAAACAUCAAUGCUCUAGAGGAGAUCUGCAUGGAGGAAUGGGCCAAAAUACCAGCAACAGUGUGUGAAAACCUUGUGAAGACUUACAGAAAACGUUUGACCUGUGUCAUUGCCAACAAAGGGUAUAUAACAAAGUAUUGAGAAACUUUUGUUAUUGACCAAAUACUUAUUUUCCACCAUAAUUUGUAAAUAAAUUCAUUAAAAAUCCUACAAUGUGAUUUUCUGUAUUUUUUUCACUCAUUUUGUCUGUCAUAGUUAACGUGUACCUAUGAUGAAAAUUACAGGCCUCUCUCAUCUUUUUAAGUGGGAGAACUUGCACAAUUGGUGGCUGACUAAAUACUUUUUUCCCCUCUGUAUUUGAAUUAUAUUUUAUAUUUGAAUUAUGAAUUAAUGUUUUAUGUACAGAAACAGUGACAGUUAUAGGAUCAGGAGAGAAUUGGGCUCCGUCAUCUGACUAGUGCUUAAUACAUUUAAAAAACACCAUCUUGCAGAAACACUCACUGCAUCCAUCUUUUUUCUCCAUCUAUCCCUUCAUCCCUUUGUCUCCUCCCUCUGUAGUGGGGCCAGAACAUAAAUGUGACGAGCUCACUGAGUUCUCCUGUAAGACCAACUACCAGUGUAUCCCCACCUGGGCCGUGUGUGAUGGCUCCAACGACUGCAUCGACAACACCGACGAGCAGAACUGCGGUGUGUGUGAGAGAGUGUGUGCAUGCUUGUGAUAUGAUAAGGGCAGAGUUACAUUGUCUGAAUAUGGAUACAGAAAAUGUAUAGUAGGCUACCAAUCAUAUUUCCGUAAGCUAAAGGGUCCUGCUUUUUCCUUCACAUUCCACUUUUAAAUGCUGGUCUUGUUCUGUUUUUAUGCUUAGACACACAAUAAAGGCCUUGAGUAGACUGAAUUCUAGUCAUUGAUGGUUGACCAAGUAGUCCAAAUCCCAAAAUGCUGCUAGGCAGUCUACACUAAAUAGUAUCAUUACAUUUCACUAAGUAACUUCAAAACAUUAACCUGACCCUGACCCAUUCACAGAGGCGUUGACCUGUGACCCCCUGGGAGACUUCCGUUGUGACAACCACCGCUGUGUGCCCAUCCGCUGGAAGUGUGACGGCAGCAACGACUGUGGUGACAGCUCUGAUGAGAGGGACUGCGGUGAGUAGAGGUCAACUACAUAACCAUCUAAUAAGGAUCAACUCUGUAUCCCUCAAAUAGAAUUCAACUCCAUAACCAUAUAAUACAGUUCAUCUCCAUAACCAUCUAACAGGGUUCAACUCUGGAUCGAUUAUGAAUUGAUAAAAUGUUAUGGUUCAAAGAAAUGAUGCAAAAAAGGUGGCAAACAAAUCAGGUUGCUCAGCUGAUUGGUUUACAUACUGGCAAUUGAGAAAUGUUGUGACUUAAACUUAACAACAAAAAAAUUAAUAUAUUAACAAAACAAGAUAAAUGAUAUAAAAAACAACGGGAAAGACUUUGGAGCACCUUAAAUUAUAUUAUGGGCAGAAAACCCAAUUUAUCUCCAUUGUUCAUUGAAGUUGAUGGAUAAUUUAUAACAAAACCUUUUUCCAAUCAUUAGCAGACUGUGUUGGCACCCCUAUUUGCCAUGCCUUUAACCAAAGCCUAAAGGAGUGUGUGUCCACAGGCGUGGAAGGAAGCUAAAGUAAUUCCACUACCUAAAAAAUAGUAAAGCACCCUUUGCUGGCUCUAAAAGCCGCCCAAUCAGUGUGCUGCAUGUUCUUAGUAAACUAAUGGAGAGAAUUGUGUAUGAACAAAUAUAAUGCUAUUUUUUAAAGAACAAGUUAACUACUGACUUUCAGCAUGCAUAUAGGGAAGGGCACUCAACUUGUUCUGCACUGACUCAAAUAAAUGUAUAAUAAGAUGAUAGUUGGAGUUGUAUUGUUAGAGUUCAGUGCAGCCUUUGAUGUUACUAAUCAUAAUUUGUUAUUUAAAAAACUCACUUGUUAUGGCUUUACAUCACUUGCCAUCACAUGGUUGGAGAGUUACUUAUAGAACUCAGAGAGUAUGUACAGUGCGGUAUCCCUCAGGGCAGCUGCCUUGGGACGUUACUCUUCUCUAUUUUUACAAAUGAUUUGCCACUUAUAGAGCAUAAAAUUAACUUUUUGGUCCACCAGCCACUGUGGCAGGUAGAUAAUAAAAUCUACAAGCCACUCAGAUUUUUACCAGCCCAAAUAUAUAUCCCUGCAAAAAUUUUACCAACAAAACACAAAAAAACGGAUGAGCAUGGUUUGUAAUGUUUCUAAAACAAUUAAUGUAUUACUAGUAAGAAGUAAUGUUAACCAAAAUAUCACAGACAUGACAAAGAAAUUCACCUGCCCCUUUAAGGAUGGGAGGUUACCGUGGUAGCGCGACUCAAGUCAUGCUUGUGCCUAUGAGAUUAAGUCUGACUAGUAGAAGCGUCAUCUUCUCUUCCCUAGCAGUUCAAACUCCAACAUAGAAAAAUAACCUAGCAUAUAAACAAAACAAUGUAUAUAGCCAAGAAACACAAGGACAAAAUCUCACCUCAGUAGACUUUAGUUUCAAGUAAAUUAGACCAACUUUUAUGCCUGUGCGCAGCGCUUCAAAAAAAGAAUGUGCACACAGCCCCCAUCCAGGCAGUGUUGCAGCGCUAAAGUGGAAUAGGCUAUAUAUGAUUCGUAGUUAUUUUACUUUGUGCGAUGAAUUUACUAGCUACAGUGAGGGAAAAAAAGUAUUUGAUCCCCUGCUGAUUUUGUACGUUUGCCCACUGACAAAGAAAUGAUUGACCUGUAUAAAAGACACCUGUCCACAGAAGCAAUCAAUCAAUCAGAUUCCAAACUCUCCACCAUGGCCAAGACCAAAGAGCUCUCCAAGGAUGUCAGGGACAAGAUUGUAGACCUACACAAGGCUGGAAUGGGCUACAAGACCAUCGCCAAGCAGCUUGGUGAGAAGGUGACAACAGUUGGUGCGAUUAUUCGCAAAUGGAAGAAACACAAAAGACUGUCAAUCUCUCGGCCUGGGGCUCCAUGCAAGAUCUCACCUCGUGGAGUUGCAAUGAUCAUGAGAACAGUGAGGAAUCAGCCCAGAACUACACGGUAGGAUCUUGUCAAUGAUCUCAAGGCAGCUGGGACUAUAGUCACCAAGAAAACAAUUGGUAACACACUACGCCGUGAAGGACUGAAAUCCUGCAGCGCCCGCAAGGUCCCCCUGCUCAAGAAAGCACAUAUACAGGCCCGUCUGAAGUUUGCCAAUGAACAUCUGAAUGAUUCAGAGGAGAAGUGGGUGAAAGUGUUGUGGUCAGAUGAGACCAAAAUUGAGCUCUUUGGCAUCAACUCAACUCGCCAUGUUUGGAGGAGGAGGAAUGCUGCCUAUGACUCCAAGAACACCAUCCCCACCGUCAAACAUGGAGGUGGAAACAUAAUGCUUUGGUGGUGUUUUUCUGCUAAGGGGACAGGACAACUUCACCGCAUCAAAGGGACGAUGGACGGCGCCAUGUACCGUCAAAUCUUGGGUGAGAAUCUCCUUCCCUCAGCCAGGGCAUUGAAAAUGGGUCGUGGAUGGGUAUUCCAGCAUGACAAUGACCCAAAACACACGGCCAAGGCAACAAAGGAGUGGCUCAAGAAGAAGCACAUUAAGGUCCUGGAGUGGCCUAGCCAGUCUCCAGACCUUAAUCGCAUAGAAAAUCUGUGGAGGGAGCUGAAGGUUUUGAGUUGCCAAAAGUCAGCCUCGAAACCUUAAUGACUUGGAGAAGAUCUGCAAAGAGGAGUGGAACAAAAUCCCUCCUGAGAUGUGUGCAAACCUGGUGGCCAACUACAAGAAACGUCUGACCUCUGUGAUUGCCCACAAGGGUUUUGCCACCAAGUACUAAGUCAUGUUUUGCAGAGAGGUCAAAUACUUAUUUCCCUCAUUAAAAUGCAAAUAAAUUCAUAACAUUUUUGACAUGCGUUUUUCUGGAUGUUUUUGUUGUUAUUCUGUCUCUCACUGUUCAAAUAAACCUACCAUUAAAAUUAUAGACUGAUCAUUUCUUUGUCAGUGGGCAAACGUACAAAAUCAGCAGGGGAUCAAAUACUUUUUUCCCUCACUGUAUGAAACAAUACGGCAGAAAUACUUUGAAAACAGCUACUGAAGCAUUUAUUUUACUAUAAAUGUGAUCAUACUCGACUAUUUGUAUUCACAAAUGCGAGUGAAGUGCUCGCACUGUGGAGCCCUGACCACCCGCCAACGUGGCUGGUGAAAUACACAUUUUACCCGCCAAUGGCAAAAUCAACCGACAUUUGGCAGGUGGUGGGUGUUAAUUUUAGGCCCUUGCCACUUGUCUUACAUGAAGCUAAAAUGACUAUGAAUGCUGAUGAUUGCACACUCUACACAUCAGCACCUACAGCCAGUGAGCUCACUGAGACUCUUAGCAAGGAGUUACAGUCAGUGUCAGAAUGGUAAUUAACAAUAAACUGGUCUUAAAUACAUCUAAACCAAAAGCAUUGUAUUUGGUUCAAAGCAUUCUCUUAGACCUAAACAUUAAUAGGACUUGUGCAUAAAUGGUGUGACCAUUGAACAAGUUGAAGAAGCUGAACUCCUAGGAGUAACAUUGGAUGGUCAGUUAUCAUGGUCAAGUCAUAUUGACAAACUUAUUGUGAAGAUGAGGAGAGGUUAUAAAAAUAUGUUAUGUGUUUUUGACACAAAGAUCAACUGUACUAGUUGUUCAGGCUUUGACCUUGUCCCAUUUUGAUUACUGUCUGGUAAUAUGGUCAGGUGCAGCAAAGAAAGACCUAGCAAAGCUGCAGUUGGCUCAAAACAAAGCAUUACGCCUUGCCCUUAACUGCACAUACAUAACUAACAUCAACAACAUGCAUGAUAGUCUUUCAUGGUUGCGGGUUGAGGCGGAAUUGACUACUUCACUUCUUGUAUUUUUAAGAAACAUUUGUGUGUUGAAAAUGCCUAACCACUUGUAUAAUAUAUUUGUCAUACACUUCAAACAGACAUACAUACAGUUGAAGUCGGAAGUUUACAUACACCUUAGCCAAAUACGUUUGAACUCAGUUUUUCACAAUUCCUGACAUUUAAUCCUAGUAAAAAUUCCCUGUUUUAGGUCAGUUAGGAUCACCACUUUAUUUUAAGAAUGUGAAAUGUCAGAAUAAUAGUAGAGAGAAUGAUUUAUUUAAGCUUUUAUUACUUUCAUCACAUUCCCAGUGGGUAGGAAGUUUACAUACACUCAAUUAGUAUUUGGUAGCAUUGCCUUUAAAUUGUUGAACUUGGGUCAAACGUUUCGGGUAGCCUUCCACAAGCUUCCCACAAUACGUUGAGUGUAUUUUGGCCCAUUCCUCCUGACAGAGCUGGUGUAACUGAGUCAGGUUUGUAGGCCUCCUUGCUCGCACUCACCUUUUCAGUUCUGCCCACACAUUUUCUAUAGAAUUGAGGUCCGGGCUUUGUGAUGGCCACUCCAAUACCUUGACUUUGUUGUCCUUAAGCCAUUUUGCUUUGGAAGUAUGCUUGGGGUCAUUGUCCAUUUGGAAGACCCAUUUGCGACCAAGCUUUAACUUCCUGACUGAUGUCUUGAGAUGUUGCUUCAAUAUAUCCACAUAAUUGUCCUUCCUCAUGAUGCCAUCUAUUUUGUGAAGUGCACCAGUCCCUCCUGCAGCAAAGCACCCCCAAAGCAUGAUGCUGCCACUCCCGUGCUUCACGGUUGGGUUGGUGUUCUUCAGCUUGCAAGACACCCCCUUUUUCCUCCAAACAUAACGAUGGUCAUUAUGGCCAAACAGUUCUAUUUUUGUUUCAUCAGACCAGAGUACAUUUCUCCAAAAAGUACAAUCUUUGUCCCCAUGUGCAGUUGCAAACCGUAGUCUGGCAUUUUUAUUGCGGUUUUGGAGCAGUGGCUUCUUCCUUGCUGAGCGGCAUUUCAGGUUAUGUCGAUAUAGGACUCAUUUUACUGUGGAUAUAGAUGCUUUUGUACCUGUUUCCUCCAGCAUCUUCACAAGGUCCUUUGCUGUUGUUCUGGGAUUGAUUUGCACUUUUCGCACGAAAGUACGUUAAUCUCUAGGAGACAGAACGCGUCUCCUUCCUGAGCGGUAUGACGGCUGCGUGGUCCCAUGGUGUUUAUACUUGCGCACUAUUGUUUGUACAGAUAAAUGUGGUAGCUUCAGGCGUUUGGAAAUUGCUCCCAAGGAUGAACCAGACUUGUGGAGGUCUACAAUGUUUUUUCUGAGGUCUUGGCUGAUUUCUUUUGAUUUUCCCAUGAUGUCAAGCAAAGAGGCACUGAGUUUGAAGGUAGGCCUUGAAAUACAUCCACUGGUACACCUCCAAUUGACUCAAAUGAUGUCAAUUAGCCUAUCAGAAGCUUCUAAAGCCAUGACAUCAUUUUCUGGAAUUUUCCAAACUGUUUAAAGGCACAGUCAACUUAGUGUAUGUAAACUUCUGACCAACUGGAAUUGUGAUACAGUGAAUUAUAAGUGAAAUAAUCUGUCUGUAAACAAUUGUUGGAAAAAUUACUUGUGUCAUGCACAAAGAAGAUGUCCUAACCGACUUGCCAAAACUAUAGUUUGUUAAGAAUACAUUUGUGGAGUGGUUGAAAAACAAGGUUUAAUGACUCCAACCUAGGUGUAUGUAGACUUCUGACUUCAACUGUAUAUAACAGACUGACCCUAGCAUAGAUACUGGAGGCUGAGACAGGGGGGGGGGGGGGGUCGGGAGACACUGUGGCCUCGUCCGACGAUACCCCCAGACAGGGCCAACCAGGCAGGAUAUAACCCCACCCACUUUGCCAAAGCACAGCCCCCAGACCACCAACCUACUACCCUGAGACAAGGCUGAGUAUAGCCCACGAAGAUCUCCUCCACUGUACGAGCCCAAGGGAGCGACAAACCGGACAGGAAGAUCACGUCAGUGACUCAACACACUCAAGUGAUGCACCUCUCUUAGGGACGGCAUGGAAAGCACCAGUAAGCCAAUGACUCAGCCCCCGUAAAAGGGUCAGAGGCAGAGAAUCCCAAUGGAGAGACAGGAACCAGCCAGGCAGAGACAGCAAGGGCGGUUUGUCGCUACAGUGCCUUUCCAUUCACCUUCGCACCCCUUGGCCAGACUACACUCAAUCAUAGGACCUACUGAAGAGAUGAGUCUUCGGUAAAGACUUAAAGGUCGAGACCGAGUCUGCGUCUCUCACAUGGAUAGGCAGACCAUUCCAUAAAAAUGUUGCUCUAUAGGAGAAAGCCCUGCCUCCUGCUGUUUGCUUAGAAAUUCUAGGGACAAUAAGGAGGCCUGCGUCUUGUGACCGUAGUGCAUGUGUAGGUAUGUACGGCAGGACCAAAUCGGAGAGAUAGGUAGGAGCAAGCCUAUGUAACGCUUUGUAGGUUAGCAGUAAAACCUUGAAAUCAGCCCUAGCCUUAACAGGAAGCCAGUGUAGAGAGGCUAGCACUGGAGUAAUAUGAUCAACAUUUUUGGUUCUAGUCAAGAUUCUAGCAGCCGUGUUCAGCACUAACCAAAGUUUAUUUAGUGCUUUAUCUGGGUAGCCGGAGAGUAGAGCAUUGCAGUAGUCUAAUCUAGAAGUGACAAAAGCAUGGAUUAGCUUUUCUGCAACAUUUUUGUACAAAAUGUUUCUGAAUUUUGCAAUGAUACGAAGAUGGAAAAAAGCUGUCCUUGAAAUAAUCUUGAUAUGUUUGUCAAAAGAGAGAUCAGGGUCCAGAGUAACGCUGAGGUCCUUCACAGUUUUAUUUUAGACGACUGUACAACCAUCAAGAUUAAUUGUCAGAUCCAACAGAAGAUCUCUUUGUUUCUUGGACCUAGAACUAGCAUCUCUGUUUUGUCCGAGUUUAAAAAUGUGCUGCCAUCCACUUCCUUGUGUCUGAAACACAUGCUUCCAGGGUCGGCAAUUUUGGGGCUUCACCAUGUUUCAUCAAAAUGUAGAGCUGUGUGUCGUCCGCAUAGCAAUGAAAGUUAACAUUGUGUUUCCGAAUGACAUCACCAAGAGGUAAAAUAUAUAGUGAAAACAAUAGUGGUCCUAAAACAGAACCUUGAGGAACACCGAAGCUUACAAUUGAUUUGUCAGAGGACAAACCAUCCACAGAGACAAACUGAUAUCUUUCCGACAGAUAAGAUCUAAACCAGGCAAGAACUUGUCCGCGUAGACCAAUUAAGGUUUCCAAUCUCUCCAAAAUAAUGUGGUGAUCGAUGGUGUCAAAGGCAGCACUAAGGUCUAGGAGCACGGGGACAGAUGCAGAGCCUUGGUCUGAUGCCAUUAAAAGGUAAUUUACCACCUUCACUAGUGUGGUCUCAGUGCUAUGAUGGGGUCUAAAACCAGACUGAAGCGUUUCGUAUACAUUUUUUGUCUUCAGGAAGGCAGUGAGUUGCUGCACAACUGCUUUUUCUAAAAUGUUUGAGAGGAAUGGGAGAUUCGAUAUAGGCCAAUUGUUUGUUUUUUUCAUUUUCUGGGUCAAGGUUUGGCUUUUUCAAGAGAGGCUUUAUUACUGCCACUUUUAGUGAGUUUGGUACACAUCCAGUGGAUAGGGAGCCAUUUAUUAUGUUCAACAUAGGAGGGCCAAGCACAGGAAUUAGCUCUUUCAGUAGUGUAGUUGGAAUAGGGUUCAGUAUGCAGCUUGAAUGUUUAGAGGCCAUGACUAUUUUCAUGAAUGUGUCAAGAGAUAUAGGAUAAAAAAACUUGCGUGUCUCCAUUGAUCCUAGGUUCUGGCAGUUUUGUGCAGACUCAGGACAGCUGAGCUUUGGCGAAAUACGCAGAUUCAAAGAGGAGUCCGUAAUUUGCUUUCUAAUGAUCAUGAUCUUUUCGUCGAAGAAGUUCAUGAAUUCAUCACUGCUGAAGUGAAAGGCAUCCUCUCUUGGGGAAUGCUGCUUUUUAGUUAGCUUUGCGACAGUAUCAAAUAUACAUUUUGGAUUGUUCUUAUUCUCCUCAAUUAGGUUGGAAAAAUAGGAUGAUCGAGCAGCAGUGAGAGCUCUUCGAUAUUGCUCUGUACUCUCUUUCCAAGCUAGUAGGAAGACUUCCAGUUUGGUGGAGUGCCAUUUCCGUUCCAAUUUUCUGGAGGCUUGCUUCAGGGCUCGGGUAUUUUCUGUAUACCAGGGAGCUAGUUUCUUGUGACAAAUGUUUUUUGUUUUUAGGGGUGCGACUGCAUCUAGGGUAUUUCACAGGGUUAAAUUUAGAUCCUCAGUUAGGUCGCUAACUGAUUUUUGUACUCCGACGUCCUUGAGUAGGUGGAGGGAGUCUGGAAAGGCCUCUAGGAAUCUUUGGGUUGUCUGAGAAUUUAUAGCAUGGCUUUUGAUGGUCCUUGGUUGGGUUCUGAGCAGAUUAUAUGUUGUGAUUGCAAACGUUAUAAGAUGGUGGUCCGAUAGUCCAGGGUUAUGAGGAAAAACAUUUAGACCACAAUAUUUAUUCCACGGGACAAAACUAAAUACUAGAUAUAUGCUAAAUGGCAUAUUAUUAUUAUAUUAUUAUGACUGUGGCAAUGAGUAGUUCCGGAGACAUGUUGGACAAAAUAAUAUUAUCUGCCAUGACUACAAGGUCCGAUAGGAAUUCAGGGAACUCAAUGAGGAAUUCUGUAAACGGCCCAGGAGGACUGUAAACAGUAGCUAUAAAAAGGGAUUGAGUAGGCUGCAUAGAUUUCAUGACUAGAAGCUCAAAAGAUGAAAAUGGACUUUUGCUAUCGUAAAUGUUAGCAACACCUCCGCCUUUGCGGGAUGCGCGGGGGCAUAUGGUCACUAGUGUAACCAGAAGGAGAGGCCUCAUUUAACACAGUGAAUUCAUCAGGUUUAAGCCAUAUUUCAGUCAGGCCAAUCACAUCAAGAUUAUGAUCAGUGAUUUAGUUCAUUGACCAUAACUGCCUUGGAAGUGAGGGAUCUAACAUUAAGUAGCCCUAUUUUUAGAUGUGAGAUCACAAUCUGUUUCAAUAAUGAUAGGAAUGGAGGAGGUCUUUAUUCCAGUGAGAUUGCUAAGGUGAACACCGCCAUGUUUAGUUUUGCUCAACCUAGAUCUAGGCACAGACACUGUCUCAAUGGGGAUAGCUGAGCUGACUACACUGUCUGUGCUAGUUGCAGACUCCGCUAAGCUGGCAGGCUGGCUAAAAGCCUGCUGCCUGGCCUGCACCCUAUCUCAUCGUGGAGCUAGAGGAGUUAGAGCCGUCUCUAUGUUGGUAGAUAAGAUGAGAGCACCCCUCCAGCUAGGAUGGAGUCCUUCACUCCUCAGCAUGCCAGGCUUGGUCCUGUUUGUGGGUGAGUCCCAGAAUGAGGGCCAAUUAUCUACAAAUUCUAUUUUUUGGGAGGUGCAGAAAACAGUUUUCAAACAGCGAUUGAGUUGUGAGACUCUGCUGUAGAGCUCAUCACUCGCCCUAACUGGGAGGGGGCCAGAGAAAAUUACUCGAUGCCGACACAUCUUUCAAGCUAAUUUACACGCUGAAGCUAUGUUGCUAUUGGUGACCUCUGACUGUUUCAUCCUAACAUCGUUGGUGCCAACGUGGAUAACAAUAUCCCUAUACUCUCUACACUCACCAGUUUUUCUUCAGAUUAGCCUUUACGUCGGUAGCCCUGCCCCCUGGUAAACAGUGUAUGUUCGCUGGAUCACCUCCGUAACCAUAUAAUUCUUCAAUAUAGAGUGUAAAGAGACAAAUAGUGAAGAGUUCCUGUGUCUGCGUGUGUGUGUGUUCAUUCAUAGUGCCAAGGCCGUGCUCGGAGAGCGAGUAUCGCUGUGACAACCAGCAGUGCAUACCUGGAAACUGGGUUUGUGACCAUGACAACGACUGUGGGGACAACUCAGAUGAGCGCGACUGUGGUGAGAUGGACGACUAUCUCUCCUCUCCUCUCUCUACUCCCACUUUCUCGCUCUCUUUUCUCUCAUUCUACAUGUCUCUCGCUCUCUCACACACACACACACACACACACACACACACACACACACACACACACACACACACACAUAUUCACCUGGUCACUCUACCUUCCUCUCACACAGAGUUGCAGACGUGUCGUCCUGGGUAUUUCCAGUGUCUGUCGGGUCACUGUAUCCCCGCCGCUCUUAAAUGCGACGGACGACCAGACUGCCUGGACAUCUCUGACGAGAGCUCCUGUCGUAAGUCUCUACAAGAGGAACUGUUUCAGUUAGCGAGCCAUUUCGCUACCCCAAUGCUAGCCGUUUCGCUAAUUUGUUUAACCAUUGCUAGCCAUUUCAAUACACCUUUACCAGCCAUUUUGCUGUACCAAUGCUAGCCAUUUUGCCACACCUGUACUAGCCAUUUCACUGCUCCAACACUAGCCAUUUCACUACACCAAUGCUAGCCAUUUCGCUAUAAAAAAGUUGUGCAAAUACAUCUCUCACUCCCUACUUUUUCUCCAAACCAUAGCGACCCGUUACCCAGGGGGCCGCUGGUGUCCCAACCACCAGUUCCAGUGUGCGAACAAG